CAAACGUUAGUCAGUGCAUUGUGUGUUUUGAGCAAAUUUUUAAUAACAAAUUUUUACUCUAAAAAUGAAUCUUUUAAAGCAUUGUAAAGAUUUUAGGCUGAUGCAUUUGCAUUUGCUAGCAUUAAGCUUUGCUUGUGUACUAGCCGAUUUUGAAUUGACUGCUGAAUAUCUCAGUGAUUUGAAGGCUGAUGAGGCAUUGGAAAUUGCUGCUGGAGAGUACAACUACGACAACCAAGGCAACGACUGGACAGGAACUUGUGCAAGUGGGCAAAAACAAUCUCCUAUUGAUUUAAUUUACGAUGAUGCCGAUGUGGUCUCUAUUCCCCGCAUUCGAUUCCAAAACUACAAUCAACAACUGCAAACUCCAUUGGUGCUAGUGAACAACGGACAUACAGCGAACAUGGUAUUGCCACCAACACGACGAGGAGAACGCGCAUCCAUCAGUGGCGGUUUACUACCAGGCGUCUUCGAGGCACAGAGUGUACACUUUCAUUGGGGUUCUGCCAACAGCAAGGGUUCCGAGCAUGCAAUCAAUUUUGAGCGUUACGAUGUUGAAAUGCACAUUGUUCAUAAGAACACUAGGUAUGCUAACUUAAGCGUAGGAGAAGCCAGUGCGUUUUCAGAUGGCCUUGCUGUCCUGGGAGUUAUGUUCAGAGCUCGCCCAAGACCAAUUUCACAACAUUAUGGUCUCAACAAAGUAUUUAAUGCAUUGCCACGAAUUAUCCCAUACCAAUCCAAUACCACUAUCACAGGAAUGUUUAAUGUGGGACAAUUGUUAGGAAACAUUGUGACUGGAGAGUUUUACACAUAUCAAGGCUCAUUAACUACACCGGACUGCGCUGAAUCAGUUACCUGGACCGUGUUCAAAGAUGUCUUAGAUUAUCCAAAUGCUCAGAUCGCUAAACUUUGGAACUUGCAAGACUCAAGGAGUCGUCCACUAAUCAAUACCUACCGCGAGCUUCAGGAUAUCAACAAUCGAACCAUAUCUUUCCGCCAACUCUAAUUAAAUCAACACAAAACAAACAAUAUAAAAUGUAAAAAAAAAAAAACAAACAAAAAUAAACUUGACAUUUGCAACUUAA